AUGAACAGGGCUGGCUUCACGGGCUGCAAAGCGAGAAGCCAUAUUCCGAGCGCGCAUCGAACGGGCCGAAACGUCGGGACCGACAUUCCUCUCCUUGAGAAUGAUGAUGCAGGUAUGCCUCCAAGAAGUCUAUACUCCUCUCAUGGGACCUUCUUCGAAGCGCCAAGACACAUGAUGUCAGGAAACCCGGCGCUUUUCCGGGCCAUACAGGAGUCGCAACGCGCCCCAAAGUGGAAUGCCGAGGCUGAAAGGGUAAAGUUGAGGAGAUACGCCUUGCAUCCUUAUGUCGUACUAGAGGGCGACAAGUUUGGAAAUCGUUUUGAAGGCCGGGGUUCUCCGAUGGAGCAAGAUGGCUUCCAUACUCUGUCGAUCAACAAGACGGAGAACUGCGACAAUAUUCGACGAAAAGGCCUCCGGUCCACCGCCUUUGCAUCCUCAAACGGGGACGCAUGGGAGGAUAUGACGCGUGAAUUUAGCGCUGAGCAGCGCAAGAUUGGCCCGUUGGGAAGCGGAGAAGUCGGUGAAACUAAGGGUGGCGACCAAGUGAGGCGAGCGAUAACCCCAUGA